AUUUCGAGCUGGAUCAUCAGUCAUAUCGAAGCAGAUCUUAGCGUUGAGUCUGAACCGAGAGAUAAGGUCCGUUAAACAUUCGACAUGCAGCGAUUCGUUUUACUAGCAAUCGUGGGAUUCUGCCUGGCCGCCUACGCCACGGGCAAUGAUCUCGAAAUCGGAGAACGUCAAGAAGGAGACGUGCUCGUAGCCAGAAGACUUUUGCACAGGCCCGCUGUUCCCGGAAAACGUAUGAUCGCGAAGAGCGGUAUGGGUAGCGAUGGCGUAAUCACUCACGUAUCCGCCAAGAAUGCUCCCGGAAGUGACGCGACUGUCACACUUGCCAAAGGAGGUGUUGGUACCCCGUUCGUACUGGUAACCGCAAUCGGUGAACCCGGCCAAGGAAUCGACGUGGAAUUGGAGAUCUACGCACUCGAAGCUACCACCAUAACUGAGCAAGCUAUUGAAGAUGACGUAGCGGCAUAGGCUUAAGAUUCUAUAUCUUUCUGACCCGAAGAAUGUUCCGUUGAUAAUCCGAAAAACAUGCAUGUAUAGAAAAAAUAAAGGCAAAUGUCACUUGA